CAUUAGUGUACCUCGUGAUUUCUUGUGGACGUCCCGGCACAUUACACUACAUUGCCCAUAAUGCCUCAGUGCUAUACGGCGCAGUGACAGCACAGGAAGCAGGAGCUUGUCUGCUCCAGGAGAUGUAAACUAUCCCUAUUCCAGGCUGACGACUUGAAAGUAAUUUCUUCUUUGGUAAAAAUCGCAGAUAUUUGGGUGAAGAUGACUUUCGAGGUUUUUUCGUAUGAGAGUUUGGUGCAUGCUGUGUCCGGAGCAGUGGGAAGCGUGACUGCCAUGACAGUAUUCUUCCCCCUGGACACUGCCAGACUGAGACUUCAAGUGGACGAGAAGAGGAGGGCCAAAUCAACUCCAGCCAUACUAGCAGAAAUCAUCAAGGAGGAAGGACUACUGGCUCCAUACAGAGGCUGGUUCCCCGUCAUCUGCAGCCUGUGCUGCUCCAACUUUGUCUACUUCUACUGCUUCCACACUUUGAAGGCCAGCUGGCUGAAGGACCAUCAGUCAUCAUCACCUCGCACUGACUUGCUCGUGGGCAUUGCCGCAGGUGUAGUGAACGUACUGGUGACCACGCCGCUGUGGGUAGUCAACACCCGGCUGAAGCUUCAGGGCUCCAAGUUCCACAACACAGACAUCCAGCCCACCAACUACUGUGGCAUUUGGGAUGCUUUUGCGCAGAUCAUUCGUGACGAGGGUGCGGGAGCGCUGUGGAACGGCACCUUCCCCUCCCUGCUGCUGGUGCUGAACCCUGCCAUCCAGUUCAUGAUCUAUGAAGGUCUGAAGAGGCAACUGAGGAGAGGAGCUCCCAGGGAGCUGUCAUCUUUGGAGGUUUUCAUGAUUGGUGCAGUUGCCAAAGCAGUCGCCACCACCGCCACCUACCCACUGCAGACCAUACAGUCUAUUCUAAGGUUUGGUCAGUUCAGCAAGUCAACAAACAAGUCUACGCUGCUCUCCAGCCUGGCGACAGUGAAGUCUCUACUAGCCAAUCGAGUCAGGAAAUUUGGCUUCUUGGGUCUGUUCAAAGGUCUGGAGGCCAAGUUGCUGCAGACGGUGCUGACUGCAGCCCUCAUGUUCCUUCUCUAUGAGAAGAUUGCCAGCUGCACCUUCAGAGUCAUGGGACUGAGCGAGCACCACAAAUUACACUAGCUAGCUUGUGGACACUCGGUACUUGUGCACUAACAGACGAUGGUACCAGGUAGUUACAAUUGCUAAUUAAGCUCAUUUUUUAAAGAAUCGUAUUUCUUCUGAAUCUUAUUUAGCAAAAAAAAAAAAACAACACCAACACUGGUCUCUAUUUAGCGCCUGGUCAAAAACAAAAAAACAGUUGUGGCUGUAGGCAACCCCUUGAUGUAGUUUUGAUGAACUCCACCAGAUGGCAGUAGCCGCAUUUGAAAUAUGAGUGGUUGGCGUGUUAUUUGUGGUAUUUUUUUAUGUUUCAACAAGUACCAAUACACUCGUAUAUUUUUAAAUAAAAUAAAUUUAUUGGAUUUUGCUUCA